GUCCACAAUAAACUUUCAUUUUGGGAAGUCGACACACACAUACACACACACACUCAACGGCGGUCGUCAUCUUGUCCUGCAACGGUUCCCCGGGAAAGCUGGACUAGACAUGACUUGACGUUCAUAGUACUUUUCAAAACGCGCGUUAAGGAAGAAGGAAAAAACACAUAGGAAGCGCACAGGUGGAGCUCUGCGGAGCGUCUUUUUUUUUUUUUUUUUUUUUUUUUUAAAUCCUCUGGACGGAGACUACAGGGACAAGAAGACACAAGACAAUGACAGAAAGCAACCUUUUCACUGGUUUAUCUUACAGUCUUUGAUUUGUUGUUUUUGUUUUUCUGGCACGUUCACUCCUCGCGCGACCCUCAAGGAACACCUGGAAUGGAAAAACUUUAUCUGCCUCGUCUGGACUGUAGUAAAAACUCCCAAGAAAGAAUGAAGUAACCGCUAUGGAGCCGGACAAUGCCCCGUACUCCAAACUCAAAACCACUGGAGUCGGGGGGAAAGUUCUGAUUCUUUGGACUAUACUCUGCUGCACCUGCUCUCUAAGACUGGCACAAGCACAAGAUGUGGAUGUUCUGCAGCAGCUUGGGCUUUCUGGGCGAAGGGCAGGCGGGUUGUCACCUUCAGGCACUCGAUCCAUCCCUAAUGGCAUCAUCCCCUUCAAGUCUGGAGUUAUUCUCACCCCAAGGGCACGUGUACAGGUGCCUCUGCACACUGUUAUCCCUGCUACUUACAGCUCCACCAAUCUCUCCCUGAUUCUCAGCCUGUCUGUUCAUCGCAUCAACAGCGCUUUUCUUUUCUCGGUUCUGUCCAAGAAAAGGAAAGUGCAGCUUGGAGUGCAGUUUGCACCGGGGAAGGUCCUGGUACACGUGGGGCACAGGAGCUCUGUAAGUUUUGACUAUGAUGUCCACGAUGGCCAGUGGCAUAGUUUGGCCUUGGAUAUCCGAGGCCAUCAGGUGUUCUUACACACGUCUUGUGGAAAGAAAAGCGUACAUGCAGAUUUGCAUUCUAAAAAAGAGGAGGCUCUGGAUCCAGAGGGCUCUUUCCUGCUGGGCAAAAUGAACCACAACUCGGUGCCGUUUGAAGGCGCCAUCUGUCAGUUUGACUUUUAUCCCUCUGCAGAGGCAGCUCAUAACUAUUGUGAUUACAUUAAGAAACAUUGCAGAGAAGCCGACACAUAUCGGCCCGUGUUUGCACCCCUGCUACCUCUAUUUUCCACAGAUCCAAAUAUUACUGUCACUCGUAUAACUCCACUGUCAUUGACGGAGCUAUCCAAAAAGGCUCAGAGACCUACUUUGGCCUUGAUUGAGGAAAACACCAGGACUAUGAUUCUUGACCGCUCACUGAUGCUGAACAAAACAUCUGUGUAUCAGACUGUGAGCACACCAAAACCUGGUGCUGUGCCUGUUUCUCCACCAGUUGAUCCAGGGUUGGAAAGCCCGGUAAAGUUUCUGACUCAAACUGUCACUACAUCUCUUAGGGUCAGUGUGACACGCCCUACCCAGAAACCGACUUCCAAUGGCAGUGCUGGAAAGGACGCAAACCAAGGAGAUGAUUAUCCUCAGAAACCUUCUGGGAAAAGUAUGGAUUUACCUGCUUCCACUAGACCAUCAGAGAUGAAGCCAAACCUCCGGUCCACAGCUGCUUCCACACAGGGGUCUCCUUCAAACACCUACCUUCCCCAUAAAAAACAGUUGACCACAGUAGCUCCAAAGAAACCUGAGCCAAAAGUGACCAGCAUUCAGGAUGUCAAACCCACCUCGUUUAUUCCAGUCACUCCAGCUGCGACAGAUGGCUUCCAAACAUUUGACCUGGAACCGACCCAGUUCUCACUGCUGGCUGGACCACCUGGACUAAAGGGACAACCAGGACCGCCGGGCCUUCAAGGACUUCCAGGGUUGCCAGGAAAGCCAGGGAAGAGGGGCCCACGGGGUCCUCCUGGCCCACAUGGAAACCCUGGUCGCCCUGGAUAUCCUGGACUGAAGGGGCAAAAAGGAGAUCCUGGACUGUCCCCUGGUCAAGCCCCAAAAGGACAAAAAGGAGAGCCUGGUGUCAUGGGCCCCCCUGGACUGCCUGGCCAAGAUGGACGAAAGGGACAAAAAGGUCAUCCUGGUCCCUCUGGUCUUCCAGGUGAACCUGGUGAACGGGGAGAUGAUGGAAGCCCUGGGGCCAAAGGCUAUCCUGGCAGGCAGGGUUUACCUGGGCCUGUAGGGAAAAUGGGACCAAAAGGAAUCAGGGGUCACAUUGGCAUCCCUGGGCUUUUUGGCUUUCCUGGUCCUGAUGGCGAGAGAGGAAUUCCUGGCGUUCAUGGGAAGAAGGGCAAGAUGGGUAGGCCGGGGUUUCCUGGUGACUUUGGAGAGAGGGGACCUCCUGGCCCUGAUGGGAACCCAGGUGAACUGGGAGCUCCUGGUCCAUGUGGAGUCCCUGGUCUUGUUGGAGACAUGGGCCCUGUUGGCAUUAUGGGUUUUCCAGGACCGCCGGGACUCAAGGGAGUACCAGGAAACCCAGGUGAACCAGGACUGAAAGGUGAUAAGGGGGACAUGGGUUUACCAGGAGAGCCGGGGGAGUGUGGUUUCCAAGGGGACAAGGGUAUCCGUGGCUCACCUGGGUUACCAGGUCCUCGUGGAAAACCUGGACCACAGGGUAAACCUGGUGAAAAGGGCCCUGAUGGUAUACCUGGCCCUCCUGGCCCAGAGGGCUUUCCAGGUGACAUUGGCCCACCAGGUCAAAAUGGCCCAGAGGGACCUAAGGGGAAGCAAGGGACAAGAGGCUUACCUGGUCCACGAGGAACACCUGGACUUCAGGGUGAUGAGGGACCAGUUGGGCCAGCUGGACCGGCUGGACUCGAGGGCAGGCCUGGGAGGCAGGGAUUCCCUGGACUGACAGGCCCAGAUGGACUCAAGGGCGAGACCGGGAUAACUGGAGAGGUCGGAAAGCUUGGCGAGAGGGGGCUGCCUGGUUUUAUCGGGCCUGUUGGAGAAAUGGGGAUCGCUGGAGAAAAGGGGGAUCGAGGAAAAACAGGCGAUCCCGGGCCGCCAGGGGAACCGGGGCCGAUGGGUCACACUGGAAUACCUGGAGAGAGGGGGUCACCUGGGCUGCAAGGGAUCCCAGGGCCUCCUGGUUGCCGCGGAUCCAUCGGCAUUAGAGGACCCAAAGGCAGGAGGGGUCCGAGGGGUCCUGACGGCCCACUGGGGGAGAAAGGGUCUACUGGAGUAACGGGCCCUGAUGGUCCACCAGGAAAAUUGGGCCUCCCUGGGGAUAUGGGGAAGCUUGGCGAGCCAGGUGAAGCUGGGCCUAAGGGAUUUCCAGGUGUUCAAGGACCCUCAGGACCUCCAGGAGCUAAAGGAAUUGCAGGAGAGCCAGGACCAGCAGGGCCACCGGGAACGAUUGGACCACUUGGGGAGAUGGGACUGAUGGGGCUGCCAGGGAGGGAUGGAGAGAGAGGACUGCCUGGUGAACCUGGAGAGAAGGGCACCGAUGGUCCACCUGGCAACAUCGGAGAACAGGGUUUGAUUGGCCAGAGAGGUGAGCUAGGAAUUGAUGGGGAGGCUGGACCAAGCGGACCUGAUGGAGCCAAGGGUGAAAAAGGGGAUGCUGGUCCAGAGGGAGCCAAAGGAGAGAGGGGUGAAAUUGGCCUGAAAGGAAAGGAAGGACCUCUCGGGCCUCCUGGACUGGCAGGUGUAAGGGGUCAGGAGGGUAAACCUGGCAAAAUUGGUGAGAGAGGAAAACCAGGAGAAAAGGGGAGCAAGGGUCACCAAGGUCACCUGGGUGAGACCGGGCCAGUCGGUGAGCAGGGAGAGUCAGGGUUUGUUGGACAGAAAGGUGCCAGAGGAACCAUUGGGCCGGUGGGUGCUCCAGGAAGAAUGGGCCAACAAGGAGAUCCAGGUAUACAAGGUUACGAGGGUCACAUGGGACCGCAUGGCCCAAUGGGACCUCCCGGGCCAAAAGGUGAAAAGGGUGAACAGGGGGAGGACAGCAAGGUGGAAGGUCCCCCAGGUCCCCAAGGUGACAGAGGUCCUCCUGGAGACAGAGGAGAUAGAGGAGAGCCGGGUGACUUUGGACACAUUGGUCAUAUAGGUGUUGAUGGAGGGAGAGGUGAAGCUGGUGCCCCAGGGCUUCCUGGACAUCCUGGGCCAAAGGGACAACCAGGGCUGAAAGGAUCCAAAGGUGAUCAAGGUCAGAAAGGAAAAUCAGGGGCCACAGGCGCACCUGGAAUCAAAGGGCCACCAGGUCCAGAGGGCCCUAUUGGCCCAAGGGGCGUUGUGGGCAGGGAGGGCCUUGAGGGGCCACCUGGAAUGGAUGGACUGCCUGGUAAAGAUGGAAGCAAAGGAGUCAAGGGGGAGCAAGGAGAAGAUGGUGAAGUGGGCUUAAUUGGCAAACCUGGACAGCAGGGUAAAACUGGCAUGAUGGGGCUUCCUGGCAGUCAAGGCUUCUUUGGACCCAAGGGUGAAAGGGGUUUCCCAGGCCAAACUGGUCCUACAGGAAAGAGAGGUUACAUUGGUGGGAUGGGAUUUCCAGGAAAACAAGGAGACCUGGGCUCUAAAGGGCAACCAGGGGAUUCUGGUGAACAAGGAUUUCCAGGGGUGCUGGGUCUCUUUGGACCAAAGGGACCUCCAGGAGACAUUGGCCCAGCAGGGAUACAGGGACCAAGAGGACCACGUGGUUUGAUGGGUAUGGAGGGAGCUUUGGGCCCCGUUGGCAUCAUUGGCCCCAGCGGUCAUCCUGGACCCCAGGGUGACAAAGGAAGUCGGGGAGAGACGGGGUUGCAAGGACCGAGGGGAUCUCCUGGUCCACGUGGACCACCAGGACCACCAGGUUUUCCCAGUUCUGCCCUUUCACUUAAAAAUGAGGCUUUUGGUGCUGCCUUUCAAGUCAUCAUCGAUUCCCAUGCUGCAUUGAGGCCAGAGCAGAAUUAUCAGAGCAUGGACCUGCCCAUGUUAGACCAAAGCACAGAAAUCUUCAAGACCUUGCAGCAUCUCAGCACUCUCAUCCAGAGUCUAAAGAACCCGUUGGGAACCCGCGACAAUCCUGCUCGAAUCUGCCGAGACCUCUACAACUGUGAACAGAGGAUGUACGAUGGCACUUAUUGGAUUGACCCAAAUCUCGGCUGUGCUGCUGACACUAUUGAGGUGACAUGCAACUUCACUGGCGGAGGACAGACUUGCCUGAAACCUGUCACAGUUUCCAAGUUGGAGAUCGGAGUGGGUCGUAUCCAGAUGAACUUCAUCCACCUUUUGAGCACUGAGGCCGUGCAGCACAUCACCAUUCACUGCCUCAACACACCUGUGUGGGCAGCAGGACCCUCCUUAACGCCCUCUACCCAGGCUGUGAGCUUCAAGGCCUGGACCGGGGAGAAGAUUCAGGCCGGAGACCUCUUGGAGCCACUCAUACCCAAGGAUGAAUGCUGGAUCAAAGAUGGCCGCUGGCAUCAGACCCACUUCAUCUUUCAGACCCAGGAUCCAAACUUACUCCCCAUAGUGGAUGUGUACAACCUACCGACCACAGAACCUGGUUCACGUUAUCACCUUGAGGUUGGACCGGUGUGCUUCUUAUAGGGCCCCUAUGUGUAUGUGUACAUGUGUGUGUGUGUGUAUGUGUGUGUGUAUGUGCGUGUAUGUAUGUGUGUGGCGGGGGCUUUGAAUACUCCUCAAAGGAGUGACUGCAUGGAGGAUGGCAGACAGGGGAGACUGGUGCUUUGGUGGUUUCCAGAACAGCAGACCCCCAUUUUUCUCUCCACAAAAUAUGCUUGGACUGCAGAAACAGGAGGGGGCGCUGGAGAGGGAAGGCCCAUUGGAAAUGCAGAGAUAAGACUUCUGGCACUAAUCAGCCUAUGGAAAAAAAAAUAAUAAUAAGCUUCUUUUUCAGAGACUUGUUUGUUUGAUACAAGAUCUGGAUGCCCUGAAUCGAAGGAAGUAAUAUGAACGUCUCAUUUCUGUCAUCUCUCGGACCAUGUUGUAUCAUAUUCCCUUCACGGUCUGACCUGAUUUUUGCAAAAUCCUAGAACAUUUUACAGAAGUGAUGUGUACAGAAAUAUGGAACAGUUACAUCUGCAAUUGCAAUAAGUCCAGCUUUCAUGUUUUAAGUAUUAUUUAUACAUGUAUAUGUACUGUAUAUUGUAAUAUAAAGUGCAAUAGUUAUUGUUCCACAGCCUUUACAGUAUAAACAUCAUAUCACUCAUUCAGGUAUAUAGUGUGCCUCAGACACACAGGCGUACUGCCUCCAGGUAAGUCUUUUUGAGCCUCUAAUAACUGUCCAGUGCUGAGACCCCACGUUUAUACAGAUACCUUCACACAAACAACUGCUGUGUGGUACUUUCCAUGUUAAAAGUGGAUCCAAGGUUUUCCACAGUGUGAACAGAGAAAAGUGUGUCAAGAUGCUACCUCGUACUGCACCUCUCAUCUCACAGCAAACAAGACGUUACCUGAUAUAAUCUGGGAUGACAAUGAGGUGACACCUGGUGCUGCAACAGUUGACACUCGUAUGAUAAAUUCUUGUCAGCUCUCAGCAAAGCUAUGUCUGUGCUUUACUUAAAAGGGAAGAUUGUAUAAUAUACACACAGGCCAAACUCCUAAAUUAUAUUUUCAAGGUAGCAUAUGUUAACAUUUUCAAUAUUCUUUGUAUGAGUCUGACACUAUAAGUUAAGUUCUUUUUUAUUUGUCAAAAUGUAAAUGUAUAUAAUUAUGCAACCUUUAUUAUCUACAAUGGAUUCUAUUUAAAUUUUAUUUAAAUUCUGAUUAAUUUUUCCGGUUCAAAACCAUCAAGUUCAUGUUUUCAGCACACUUUUGGUCAUAUGGAGGUUUAAAAAUUCUACGGUCUGUAUGUGUUUUUAUACUUAAACUGUUCUCAACAAUCAGCUGUAUUUUAGGACAUCUUUUAUUACUUACUGUUGAUGCAUUUGUCACUAAAAUAUGCAGCAAUGAUGGUUAGUCCCACCAAUCUAUAAACUCAGAGGAUUUCUUACAAUACACAUUAAACUACGGUACAUGUGUUUAGUGUUUGGUCUGUAAAGACAUUUUAUGCUGAGUGAAUGAAGUCUAAUGACUCAACAGGUUAUUCAAUAAAUGUCUGAAACCUUUGUUGAUAAGCAGCUUUCAAUUUUUCUUCAACGAAAACUUCUUAGCAAGGUGAGAGAAUAAAAUGCAUUUAAACUGCCUACUUGUGGCAGUGUGUUCUA